AUGGUAGACCUGGCUGAAGACAGUGAAGUUGUGGUUAUGAUUGAGGGAAAGGACAGACUCUUCUGUCGAGCAUGCAAAAUUGAGCUGGCAGGAAUUGGGCCAAAGGUUACGAAACAGCAUUUAAAAAGCAAAACGCACAAACAAAGCUUGCGAGGUCUUGGUGCAUCGGAGAGCAAUGAAUCGGAGAGCAAGCCACAUGUGGAGAAGCAGAUCAACGCAGGGGAUCCAGAAAACUGCAGGGACGAACCGUGUCAGAUUUGCCUCAAAAUGGGACGAAUUGACACACGACACAGCUUAGAGUCGUUCAAGGAUGCACUGGAAGCAGGUGAAACCGUCCGCCCUUGCUUCCCUCCCCCGUUUGUUCGAUCGCCCAAGAGCCUUUUUCCCGGCUGCAAGCAUCCAUUCAUCACUUUCGAGAGUGGAUCUCUUGAAGAGGUUCCUGACAAUCUAGAGGACUGCUUGGAGCUAUUUUGCAAUGCAGGGGCGAAUGAGGGGAACAAACCGCCAAACAUUGAUAUCAAUGGCGUGAAUUUCAAAGCCAAGUCAUUGUCUAAUGCGCGCAGAACUCUCCUACAAGCAGAUGCAUCUGGCGACAUGUACUGGGCAGCGCUAGUAGUGGAUUCCAUCAAACAUCCUCUAUGGUGGCCGCGAAAGGAUCGCAACGUGUGUGUAGGAGUCGGGGAUGUGCCCAACUUUAAUCAAGUGAUCAUAGGCAGCGGGCACACGGACAUAGGGAUACACAUAGACAAUGCUCCUCGACCCUCAUCUUGCAGCCAGCCUGCUCCUGGCGAAAAAAUUGCUUAUGACAUGGUCGAUCACAAAGACCCGCAGUACUCGUUCUGCUUGAGCGCAGGUGAAGAGAGCGUGCAUGUGGAUACUUACAUUACCAUGGCCCGAGGAUGUAAAUAUGUCAUCAUGCUUCCAUCGGGGGGGAAUUUCUUUGGCGACAAGCAACCAUUCCCCAAGGAUGUUGAUUUUGAGACCAUGUCGAAGAUCGUGAACGCAGGAGGAUACUAUUUCAGUCUUGAGCCUGUUGACCCUGAGCAGCAUGUGACUCUGUUCACGCCCAAGUCAUGGCACCACUGGCUCCUUGGCAUGUCCGACUGGCAUUUGAUAUUUGGUGCCAGUCGCUUCUGA